AUGCCAGCCCUUGGAAGCCGAGCAAAGGAUGUUAUCGACGCAGAUGGAACCGACAUUGGUGGUCUUUUGAAUUUGUUAGAAUGGUGUCCUUUUAUCAAUCCCCCUGUGAGUCGAACUCUUUUGAAUUCAGCAAGAGAUGAAUGCAGAAAUCGUUGGGCGCAUGCUGCUAAACAAGAAAUUUGUGAUGGCGAUGUUCCAACUAUAUUUAGUCAUCUCAAUAAUCUGCUUAGUGACCCAGUGUUUAACUCUGAACUAUCAGCCCAAAAAGCGUCCAAUGAUUUGCAAGAUUUGUCCCGUCAAGGUCUGAUUAACGUCAGAGAGUCUGAGGUUGAAGCUCUUUACUUGUUGCGGCAAUGUCUGGAGGCCGGUCUGAGAAAGUACCAAGAAGACUUGGCAUAUACACUUCGACAUUUAUCUCAGUUCCAAGAACAAAGUAAUGCGAACAAAUCUGAGAUCACUACACUAAAGCAGCAAAUGGCAGAAGAGUCAAAAAAAUUGUCUGAUAAUGUAUCCACGCUAUUGAUUGAAGUUGCUGCCUUCAACAAGUUCCUAGACCAAAGAGAUGAUCUUAGAAACACAAUUGAGGUUAUUUGUGAUGACUUAGAUGAAUUGUCGAAUGGUAUACAGAAGGUUGUUCUGGAACUAAACGAAGUUGGACUGAUCUUGCCCCAGUUAGAAAGCAACCUCAAAAACUUGUAUUGUGAAGUACAGAAAGUAGCCAAGAAUGUCUCUACAAACAAAAGCUCGAUCUCAAGAUUACAAGAAGAUGUCAUGGAGGUUAAAGAAGAAAUAGAAACAUUGAAACACAAAGUUCAGGUUGGUCCACACAAGGGAGACAACGACGAUGACGACGAUGACAUUCUUUGCACGGCACCGAUUGGGUUAACAGAGUUUACCGGCCGCAAAUCAGAACUAGAAUGGCUUGAAAGAAAUCUUGUUUUGCUGAACCCUGAGAAGAAACCCGGAACCUCAACUUGUAUUAAAACGAUAUGCGGCCUUGGAGGAUGUGGAAAAACUUCGCUGGCUAUAGAAUUUGCUUGGCGUUACAAGCAUCGCUUCCCAGGGGGUGUGUUUUGGGUCAACGGUGAAAGUGAUGAAAAUCUACGGAAAUCCGUGGUCGAAAUACUCACGUUUGUCAAUAUCAGCGCCUCAGUAACCGACAACAUAGAGGACAUCUUGAACAAAUUCCUGUCAUGGUUGUCCAAAAUGAAACGUCCAUGGCUUCUUGUGAUAGACAAUGCCGAUGAUUUAAAUGAUCCAACCUGUCCAGCAGGCGUUAAGAAGAUAUGCAAAGGGAUAUUGCAAAGAACGCAUCUCCCAAGAAGGCAUGGUCACAUACUUGUUACAACCAGGGCAAAUGCAACAGAGAGUAAAACGUUUUUGAAGAUUUCAAAUGAUGAUUGUUUGAAGUUACAGUGCUUCAGUGAAGAAGAAGGUGCAUUAUUUCUAAUGCAACGGACAGGUCUAGGAGGGAACGAUCUUGACCCAGAUGCUAUUUGUUUAGCGAAAGAACUGGGAUCUCUGCCACUAGCCCUCGAACAAGCCGCAGCGUACAUAUCUUCCAGCCCUCUUCCACUUGAUUUUAAAGAUUACCUGAAGACAUAUGAAGAAGUUAAGCUUCGUCUUUUAAAACAGCAACAUGCCACUGCUCUAAGUCUGGAAGCACAACAUAGGUUGUCAACUCACACAACCUGGGUGAUGAACUUCGAAUAUGUUAAAGAAAGGUCACCUGCCGCUGCAAAGAUUAUGCGCAUUUCUGCUUUUUUUGAAUCUGAAUUUAUUCCUUUCAAUGUCAUCAAUCCUGGAUCUCCUGAAUGUAAUCAGGAGGAACUGAGAGGAUGUUCAUUCUCUUAUACAGAUAUUGGUGACAUCCUGAAGAUACUAUCAAGCUACUCUCUUUUCUCGGUAAACCACCAAUGUAAACUGUUCCGUGUCCACAAGCUUGUUCAAGAAGUUGUUAGAGACAGCCUUACGAAAUCAGAAAGGGUAAAGACAUUGGUGGAAUGCGUUCGCGUUCUUCGCUUUGCGUUUUUACAGUUUCCUGUAUUCGAGAAUUUAAGGCCAGGCAACCUCUACGAAAUGGACUUAGAGGACCAGCUUAUUGUUUUCUCUCUUUUGCUUCACUUUCUCAAGUUGACAAGUUAUAUGAAAGAGGAAAUGAACGAGACAAAGGAGGAUGACACCGGUGAUCUUUUUAACGUCGACACCUAUGAGUUAUGCAAACUUGUACAUGAUCUAACUAGGAAAUGGGGGUCUCUUUAUUGGUUUAAUGCAGAACUCUCGGACUUCUUCUUGCAACUCUUUAGAGUGGUUUUCGGUGACAGUGAUCCGAGCGAGCUCCUCUUUGAGAUGACCAACGUAAGUAUCAUGAAAUGCAACACUAAAGGAGCAAACGAAGGAAAGAAAUUGAUGGAUAAUGUUAUGCAAAAGUUGUUUGAGUUUGAGAAAUCUGGUGUUGUUAUAGAAGCCGAUGUCAAAUUUCAAAUUCUCUAUCGUAAGGCUAAUUAUUUCUUUGUUGAAGGAGAGGUAGAAAAAUGCUACAACGCUUUGUUAGAGCUUGAGAGUUUAAACUUACCAAUAAGCGCUGCUAAUACUGCAGAGCUACAAAUGCGCAUAGCGGUUAUAGGAAGUAAGGGGAUGAAAAGAAACACCAGUCAUCGUGCCAUGAAAGCCGUAGAUUUAGCAAAGAAAAUUUAUUCUUCGGAUGACCCGAAGUUGCUGCGGAUGCUUCAGUAUGCCGGUAUGAUACUUUACGACAGCGGCAAUGUAAAGGAAAGUAAAAUAUACGCCAAAGAAAUGCGAGACAUUUGUACAACGCUUCCUCCUUGGUCAGAUGAUAUGGGAUAUGGGAUGCACGCCUCUCUGUCAUAUUUAUGUGAAUUAAACCACGAAGUCAUGAAAGACACAUUGCUAGAGGCUUUAGAGUACAGAUGUCCCCAUAUAUACAGUUGUAUAUUAGAUGGCUAUGUGAAUAACUGUAUUCCUUAUCUUGAAGACGGAUUCGAAGAUUUCAUUGAUGUACAGUUACAAUGUUUGAUGAAAUGCGUUUUUGUCGCUCUUAAAGAGAAUAAUAAUGCGAAAGUUUCCACGGAGACUUUGGCCAUUUACCGACGAAUUGGGGAAAUAUUUGUUUCCCUGCGAAUGAAGCAUUAUGGUUCCAUCUUCCCAGAUAUGGAAGAGGCAUAUUGCUUUUUAAUGACAGUAAAUACCCUCUCUGGAACCGAUGACGAGGAUGUGCUUAGUAGUCGCCAGCUACCAGUAUUUGUAAGCUGCAAGGGAUUGACUGAACAGUGUCAAAGCAGACCUUGCGCGGAUUCGAUUGGCGACCGCUCAAAGCAUUACAAAGAUGCAGGUAACGCGUUUUUCAGUUUAGGCGACUAUUUGAGGUCACUCGAGUUCUAUAAGAAGGCUUUAAACUUGACUCCAAACAAUGCCAAGUUAUUAACUAACAAAGCUUGUGCGCAAGUCAAGCUUUCUAAGCGGAAAUCACAGAGUCAACCUUUAAAAGAGUGACAGAACAUUCUUCAACGUGCUCUCGAAGACUCUAUUAGCGCGAUAUCUGCAGAUCCUUCUUGGAAGAAGGGAUACUACUGGAAGGCUGUUUGCCUUGCUGAACUUGGGCAAAGAGGUCCAUCGCUAGCUGCAGCUGCAGUAGCUGGAAGCCUGUUUCCACUACAGUGGACCCAAAUACCUGCUGUUGUCGAGCAUUUCGGAUGCUACAUUGUAAAAGAAGUAGCUACUUCUGAAGACCUUGGACGCGCCGUAGAGAUAUGUGAAAACAGUCUCGUAAUUGUCGUUCGCAGUGGGAAAUAUGUGCUAACACAGCCUUUGAAGGUUCCAUCAAAUGCAGUGAUAGUUGGCCUUGGUAAAGUCGAUAUCACCUGCGCCAAAGGCGUUCCACUGUUCCUGGAUAAAACUGUUUACAUCGACAAAAUUGAACUAACACCCUCCGUGGAGUUCAUCACAGUUAACAAAGAGAAAGCUAACAAGUGCCUCGAUCUUGGACAGUUCGACCGGGCCUUGUCUCUGUAUAGCAAGGUAUUGGCCACGUGUCCAGAAAACACACAGCUUCUAACAGCUAGGGCUUCGACUUACUUGAAAGCAGCGAAAGAAAAGAGCAACACGUCUGAGCGGGAAUCGUUGCUAGAGCUUGGUGUGGAAGACACCAAAGCCACCAUCAGAGCUGACCCUUCUUGGUUACUUGGCUACUACACCAGAGCUACGAUUAUGACAGAGUUGGGAAGGAAACACGAAGCCUUGGCCUCUGCUGCUGUGUUUAACCACUUGAGCUCUGGUCGGGAUAUUUCAUCAGUCAUUCAACGUUAUGGAGCGUUGCAGAUCCAUGUUGUUGAAAGGUCAGAUGAAUUGCACAAUUUUCUUGAUGAAGGAGUAAACCAAAUUGUUUUAAUGAAAGAAGGAGAGUACCUAUUUGAAAAGAGCGUGGAGAUCAAUCCAGCAAUCGUUGUUGUUGGUCUAGGGAAAGUAAUUGUUUCGUGCAAGACUGGCGCACCUUUUCACUUUAGAAAGGAACAUUUUGUCGAGAAUGUUGAACUUCAGGGAGACUGUGGUGAUGAGCCAGAAUCACUAGAGACUGCGAGUUCGACAAGUCCUUUUGGUCAGGAAGAAGAUAUAUCUUUGGCCUUGCCCUCAGGGUAUGACGCCUCCAAAGUCGACAGCGAGUGCAAGGUGAACUAACCUCCUGAACUAAAACAGAGAAUUGAACACAAAACAGUCACCUGUCGUAAAAACAAUUUAGCUAUGUAAACAGCCAAAAACGGGGUGCUUAGUACGUCAACGUAAUGCCACACAGAUGUAUUUCGGCUAACUAGCUAAUGUAAUUACUUAGAGAAACGUAUAAUUCCCCUUGUAAUCGGAGGCAAAUUUUCUUGACAAACUGAAACUCCCCCAUCGCCUACCUCCAUCAAAGCUGCUUACGUAGUCGUUGCCUCCGACCACAUGACCUGUGAUGUAACGGGGAGGGAAAAAAAGACAGUCGAAACGUGUGGCUCAUUUCACUGAAGAUAUUUUAACAGGAGGUUAUGAUUCAAAAUCGUUUCCAGACAAUUGGAGGUAAAAGUUGUCGAGGUUUCCAAAAUCGUUUCCAAACAAUCGGAGGCAGCAACGUUUCCUCUUGUACGUAGAAGGAUUUGGCUGGGAAAACUUUCCAGUUGAGGUCACCGCAAACGUUUUCCCUGUUUCUCGCGGCAAUGCCUUAUAAUAAGGACCAUUGCUAACAUAAAAGUGAUUCUCACUGAAGAGCCUUCAUAAUAGAAUAAGUAGUUCAGAAAUGUGUAGAUAUUAUUUACAUUUACGUCACAGAAAACAAGGAACAUUAUUGGCUAGAACAAGGAGGCCCUAGCUAGCCGUGAACUAUGUCGUUUUUUCCCGAAAACUGUACAGCGCUACAUUAAAGGCUUUUGAGUUUUUGUAUUUUGAUGAAUGUUAUCUUUUGAACUUGUAGCAGGCGUAGGGUAGGUUCCUUUCAAAGAAAAUAGCUGCGAAAAGAGAAAAAAGCGCCAAAAACCUUCCUGUACUGUGACAGAUUUUUACCCUGACAUUUGACUGCAGAUAUGCAACUCCUCUAUGGAAGAAUGUUGUUCAUGCUAAAGUUGUUGCCCGGAAAUUGAAAUCACUAAGGCCGACUUCCCCUUGAAGACUAGCUGACCCCUGCAUUAAUUAUAUCAAACUUCCUCCAUGUGCUACUACCUCUUACCAUCAUCCACCUUUCCAAAAUCUUAAAAUUUCAACGCUGCAUUCUUCUGUUUGGGUGCGGAGUUCAAUCUAGGCCGGGUUGCGUUAUUUUUGCCUCCACCUAUGGUGUUUACCUAUGGCGUUAACUUGACACUGAAUCGAGUAAAUACAGUAUAUCAGAAAAACAGAAACCCAAAGUUCGCAUAUACUGAACAGUUUUACAAAACAAAGCUUGUAGUCUGUGCAACAUACAGGGAUUACAUUGUUUGUCCAUCGUUCGUCUCUAAUUGCUGUUUAUGGAAAGAUGAUUUUUGAAACGCAAUGUUGUUAUGUAGAGAGUUUUGACUGCAUCUUCCCUCUCGGUAUUGCUCGCUCUGUACCGUCUGCAUUUCAAUAACAAAACGCAAAUAAAACUUGGCCAGUAGCUAUCUAUAUCGGCCUCACGCUUGGUCAACAACGCGUGUACCUUAAAUCAGCUUUAUCAUUUCCGCUUUCGAUUUCGAUAAAGUUAUAGAUUUGCUGCAAGGGAAGCCAUUAUUUCAGUCUGAAUUAUCUCCACCAAGUGCAACAAGUCUAUGAUCAAGUAAGGUAAGAUUUAAAGAUAAGAAAUCCUACUUUAAACUACAUAUCGAAAUGUCGCGAAAUAGGUAGUGUGUCCGUCUGAGCAGUUAAAGCAGCCGCGUUACUGCUUCGCGGAAACGUUUGAUUUAUUCUUUGGAGCCAGGGCGCACUGUGACAUAGCACAGACGAAUGAAUGUUUUUCAUCUGAAUUCGUCGAUUUUUGUGAAGAAAAAAAAAACAGAAUCAUUUAGUAAACAGUGAUUUUAAGGUUUACUACAAUUUCUAAGAGUUUUACCCUCAAAACCAAAAAAAUUUAACAUUCGAUAGGAAAUGGAAGGCAAAGUUGAAAUAUGAAAUUUGCAUUUGUUAAUCGAUUAAGAUUUCACUUUUCUCCGGUCUCGGAAAACAGCUGUUGUGUUAUCAAGAAUUUCAUUUUUCUGUUUUGGCCAUACUUUAUGAAGUAUGUCGCACACACAGUGCUGUUCAUGAUCCGGUGUAAUAACUACGCUCUGGAAGCAAAAUUCUUUAGAGAGAGUCACGCUUAAUAAUCACCAAAUUACUCAGAGUUUUCAAGAGUUUAGCAUAUUUUGAUACCUUAGGGUGAGAACUAGUAAAUUUCCUCUGUUCUUUUCCCAAGGUUAUUUUCUUUGUUUUAACCAAGGAUAAACCUGGAUUUAAUCUCAAUACUGGUUAACUAGUACAACAUUGAGUUUUAAAGUUGAGUUUAAAUACUAAAUUAUUUGCAGAAAUGUCUAUUUAUCCUGGUAUUUGUAUUAAAUAUUUAUUUGCCAUACGAUUACAAUCACAAAAAGAUGCCCAAAAAAUGUAGGAAGAAAUACCGAGGAGGCCUAAAGCAAACUAUAAAGCUUAUGUUAAUUAGGCCUCCUCAAUUACAAUUUUUCGAAGGUGGCAUAAAAAUUACGGCGACGGAUACAAAAUAUUAUCAGGUGGAAAAUCAAAAUAACAAUCAAUAUUACAGAAGUUUACAAAUGUUGAAUAUUUAAGUCCCAUAAAUGACUCGAAAUGACAAACAUCAAUUUUGUCCUUACAUUAUCAAUACACAAUCAAGAGAAGAGGUUGUGAGAAUUUUUGAAAUAAUCACCUAAGGGAAAAUGCUUUGAUCUUUUAUCAAAUUCUCUCAACUUAUUCUUUUUGGAAUCGUAUAGAGAUCAGUUUAGAGAAUUUGUAAAAAAACUGGAACUUUUUCUUCUGCUGCUUAGCUUUGUAGUCAAAGUUACAAAGAGCGUACAUGCUAAGAGGGAUUGUUUGAAUUUUUUACAUGAAGAAACUGUGUGAAAUUUAUAUUUGGACACGAAUUUCUAAAGAUUGGUUAUAUGCAAGACGUAAAAUGUGUAUUUAUAGUGCAGAAAGAGAGAAGUUUCAGAUUCAACUGAACUCUACAUGUUAACUGCCCUUCUUAGAUUUUCAGCCUUGGUUAGAAGACAAGAUAAUGGCGACCGGAGGCUGGGUGGCAGAUCUCGACAAGAAAGAACACAAAAACUGGGUUUUGAUUGGAUGUGCUCUGAACAUUGCCAAAAGUGGAAUUUCACCAAAAAUCCAAAAAGAAAUGGAAGCCUGGUACCGAAACCUCAUUUCAAGCCCUCCGCUCCAAUCACUUUCACCAUGCACUUGUCCAUCUGCUGCCAAAUGUACUUUUUGUACUACAUGGAGGGCGGAAUUGUCACGUCAUCACAUGGCACCACGACCGAAGAUAUGCUGGAACAACAGUGACAAAAAUCAAUGGGGAUCUCCGGCUGGGGCGUGGGAAAUAGCUAAACUCUUCAUGCCAACUCUUGGAAUCAGGAAAAUGGAUGUUGUCGACGCUGAAACAACGGACAUUGGUGGUCUCCUAAACUUAAUGGAAUGGUGUCCUUUUCUCACUCCCCCAGUAAAUAAAACAGUUCUAUGUGCAGCGAGAGAUGAGUGUAGGAAUCAUUGGGCGCAUUCUCCAAAGCAAGAGAUUCAAGAUGUCGAUGUGCCAACCAUAUUUUCGCAUCUGAAUAAUUUGUUGAGUGACCCAGUGUUUAAUGCUGAUAAAGAGGCCCAAAAGGCUUCGCAACACUUGCAAGACUUAUUCCAUCAAGGUCUGGUCAAUGUAAGGAAUUCUGAAAUGGAGGCUCUUCAUUUGUUACGUCAGUCACUUGCAUCAGAUCUGACAAAAUGCCAAGAUGAUUUAACUGAUGUUCAGACGAAAGUUGCUCAAGUAGAUGCUGAGACUAAGAAAUUGUACAUGGCAGCCCAGAAAGAUUUGUCUGACGUAGAGGAAAUAGCGGGUGUGAACAAAGAGGACAUUGGUACGUUAAAGGCACAAGUGGUGAAACUUAAAGUCGAUAUUCAGAGCGACUUAUCUGAAGUGAAAGAACAAGGUGACCUGAACAAUGAGGACUUAAGCAAGUUACGGGAGGAGCUGAAAACUCAGUUGAGAGAUGCAGAAGCCUACCUCUCCACUGAGAUAUCCACAGUACUCCGCAGUGUUGAUGAUUUCAACACUGUACUGAAUCAAAGAGACGACCUUCAAGAAGACCUAAUUGUUCUCCAUGAUGACGUGGAAGUAGUAAGAAAUAGAAUGGCCAACGUUGUUUGUAACCUAAAUAUGAUACAAUCGAAAGUGUUAAACUUUGAAACUAACCUCGCAAGUUUAAAAAGUGCAGUGCAAAAGGUAACCAUCAAGAUGAAUACAACCGAAACCAAGAUUUCUGGCUUACAGGAGGAUUUCAUGGAUGUAAAGGAAGUGGUGGAUAGCUUGAAAGAAAAUGUUUUUCAAGCAGAGACGGGCAGUGAUGAGGACAUAUUUUGCACCGCACCAAGUAGGUUACCUUCAUUUACUGGGCGUACAACAGCUCUGAGUUGGCUUGAAAAGAAUCUUGUCCUGGAGAGUGGUGUUCAAAGUGGUGCAAAAACUUCCUGUUGUACAAAAACGAUAUGCGGGCUUGGCGGCUGUGGCAAGACAUCACUGGCCGUAGAAUUCGCGUGGAUUAACAAAAGUCGAUUCCCAGGGGGCGUUUUCUGGAUCAACGGUGAAAGCGAUGAAAAUAUAAAUAAAUCAGUUGCUGAGGUUCUUGCUCUUAAGAAUAUUUUCACUCCAAAGGGCGCCAGUAUCGAUGAAACACUGACCCGCUUCCUUACGUGGUUGUCGAAUAAGGAGCUCCCGUGGCUUCUUGUGGUGGACAAUGUAGACGAAUUACAAGACCCAACGUGCCCAACAGGUGUUAAAAAGAUAUGCAAAGGACCUUGGCAAAGAAAUAGUCAAUCACCUAAGCGAGGCCACAUACUACUCACAACCAGACAAAAUGCCAGAGAUGCAAAAGCUUUCUUGAAGAACUCGUGUGAAGAUUAUUUAGAACUGCAAUGUUUCAGUGAGGAGGAAGGCGUAUUGUUUCUAACGAAAAGAAAAGGUCUUGAAGGAAAAUCUCUUGAACCAGACGCGGUUGCCCUGACGAAAGAGCUUGGAGCAUUACCACUAGCGCUCGAGCAGGCGGCAGCAUACAUAACUGCCAGUCCUAUUCCGUUGAGUUUUGCAGAUUACUUAAAAAAGUACCGAGAGGUCAAGUUGCGUCUGUUGAAGCAACAGCCUGCUAUAGCGCUCAGUAUGGAGGCUCAGCAUCGGUUAUCAGUUCAUACUACUUGGGAGAUGAACUUUGCAUAUGUCAGAGAACAAUCACCAGCUGCUGCCAGCAUGAUGCGCAUUGCAGCCUUCCUGGAUUCAGAGAAUGUUCCUUUUGCGGUCAUCAAUCCAGGUUUGCCUGAGUUAGAUCAGGACGAAUUGAAAGAAAAAGCUUCUUGCAAUAUUGAAAUUGCAAUGCUCCUGAGGGUACUGUCAAGUUACUCCCUCUUCUCAGUCAGCAGCCAAAACAAAGUAUUUCAUGUCCAUAAACUUAUCCAGGAAGUGGUCAAAGAGAGUCUUACUGUAGAGCAGAAGAUAAGGGCAUUAGUGGCGGCCUCCCGACUUCUUAAUUUUGCGCUAUGUCAUUGUUCUGAAGCUUCCAAAUCUGGAUCCGGCGCAGGUUAUCUAUCAGAACUGAGAGAUGAAGAGAGAAGAAUUGCAAAUGCCCUUCUUAUAAACGUUCGCAAACUUAAGAAUCAUAUUCAAGAUGAAAUUGAUUCACACGAAAAGGAAUUUGCUCCUUUUCUUUGCAAAGAUAAUAGUAUCAUCAAUUUGUUCACGUUUGUUGGCAUUUUAAUUGAAAAUGAUGUAUUCUUCUUUACCCUACGAAAGGAAUUAUGGGAUGUUAUUUUGAAAGUUCACAAAGUAAGAGAUUCCUCGGAUCCAAAUCUACUUCUUACCAUGAGGACUUCCGCAGCUAUUAGUAAAAGGAAUGUUCCCGGGCGUGAGAACUACGAUGAAGCAAAAAGAUUGGCUCAAGAAACUGUGCAGAAGAUGGCUGAGUUUGAAAAGUCUGGUUUUGUGAUUGAAGACGAUAUCAAGUAUCGUGUCCUUGAGCACAUGGCAUCCUACUACGCAUCAGAAGGGAAAUGGCAGGAAAACUAUAAAGCUUUGUUAGAGCUCGAAGGCUUGUCGUUGAGUGACGAGAAAGUUGUAAAUCUCCAGAUCCUGAUAGGAAGGGCAGAAAAUUUCGUAUCUGCUGGUAACUUUGAAUGCGUUUUGAAACGUCAUCUCAAGGCCCUUGAACUUGCCCGUAAGAUCUAUCCCUCUGACCACCAUGAUCUGCUUCGUGUCUUACAAUUUGUAGCUAUGCAUUUCUAUAACGACGACAAGCUACAAGAGGCUCGAAUAUAUGCUGAAGAAAUGCUGCAAAUUGCAAAGAAACAACCCCCAGCGUCAGAUUAUUACCUCAGGGGUAUAACGAGCGCUCUGACCGUGACAAGAUAUUUUGAUCCUUACGGGGCUAAGGAUGUACUCUGUAAUAUUCUGAUAGAAAGGUGGCCUGACUUGUACAAAGAUAUCCAAAGUGGAGCUGUCACAGGAGUUAUAAGUGACAGUAAACAUGAAGUCGAUGACAGUAGCUAUGAACAUGCAUCUAUGGUCCUAGUUAAAUUAAUGAUGUCUUUCAGCGCCCAUCUGAAGAUAGGAAGUAAACUUAGCAAGGAAGAGGGACACUUUUACCGUAGUGUUGCAGAGAAGUUAGUAUCACUUCGGAAGAAAACGUAUGAAGAUAAGCACCCGGAUGUAGCAGAAGCGAACUUCUAUCUGGAAAUGGUGCACAGUUUCCUUGGGAAUCAGGAAACGGCUUUCAAACUUCGCGAUCAACUCUGGCAGUUCUUUGCAAAUCGAACAUCCAGUCAUCAUGUUUCAGGACCCACGAGACCUCGCUGCGACCAUACAGUACUUUCCGUCAGAAACUUAAAAAACGAAGCUAAUGAUUGCUUCAAAUCCGGUUGUUAUUCUAGGGCUCUAAAUCUUUACAACGAAGCACUUACUGAAUGCCCCAACGAUGCUAAACUGCUAACUAACAGAGCAGCUACGUAUGUGAAACUUUCAGAGCAACAUGGCCUUGGUACAGAGGAAAAACGGAAAUUUCUUCAAUUAGCCUGUCAAGACGCGAAUGUGGCGUUAACUACAGAUCCUUCUUGGGUGAAAGGCUACUACUGGAAAGCUGUUUGUCUCUCUAAACUUGGACAGAGAGGUCCAAGUCUUGCUGCAGCUGCUGUUGCCAAGCACUUUUUCCCAUCCCAAUGCUCUGGAAUACCAGCCGUCGUGGAGCACUUCGGACAUUACAGUAUAAACGUGAUUGCUACAGUUGAUGAACUCCUUGAACUAGUCAAGAGAGAGGCCGGAAGGAAUCUUGUGAUUUUGCUCAAGGAAGGAAGAUAUGAGUUGACGAAGUCAAUGAAAGUUCCAGCGAACGCAGUAGUGGUUGGUGUGGGAAAAGUCCAAAUUGUCUGCACUAAAGGUGUUCCACUGCGCUUGGAUGAAACUGUUUACACUGAGAACAUAGAACUGUCAUCCUCGGUUGAUUCAAUCAAAAUGCUCAAAGAAAAAGCUAAGGAAAGCCUCAAUCGUGGCCAAUUAGAUGAGGCCUUAUCUCACUACAGCAAGGCAUUAGCCAUAUGUUCAGAAGACCCACAGCUCCUUACAGCUAGAGCGUCAACCUACUUGAAAUCAGCAGAGAAAAACCGGAACAUGAAUGAGCGGGAAUCCUUAUUGGAGCUUGCGUUAAAAGAUUCAGAGUCUUCUAUCAGAGCAGAUCCUUCUUGGUUUCUUGGAUACCACACCAAGGCAACGAGUUUAGCAGAGUUAGGGAGGAAACACGAAGCCUUGGCCGCUGCUGCUGUCUUUAAUCAUUUGAGUUCUGGUCGGGAUAUUUCUUCAGUCAUUCAACGUUAUGGAGUUCUACAGAUCCACGUUGUUAAAAGCUCAGAUGAAUUGCGCACUGUUCUUCAAGAAAUCACAGAGCGUGAGGAAUUAAAUCAAAUUGUUCUGUUAAAAGAGGGGGAUUACCUAUUGGAAAAGACCGUUGAGAUGAAACAAGCAAUCGUUGUUAUUGGUUUGGGGAAAGUAACUGUUUCGUGCAAGACUGGAGUACCUUUUAAGUUUAGAAAAGAACACUUUGUCGAAAAUGUGGCACUUCAUAGCGGCCGUGGUGAGGAGCCGACAUCACAUGAGGCUAUGAGUUCAAGAGAUGACUCUGGUCAGGAAGAGGACAUAUCUUUGGACCUACCCUCAGGCUAUGACAACUCCAGCGCCAACAGCGAGUGCAAGGUGAACUAACAGCAACUAAAAAGAGAGUUGAACGUAAAGUUAAUAACCGUCAAGUGUUAUAAGCUUCAUGCAGCAAGACAGACGGGCAGUUCAGCCUGGCUGUGUGUUGACAGACGGAUAUAUUUCGCUGAAAGGCUAGUGUACUGGCGUCGAAACAGUUUCUCCUUGCAUUAGGAUUGACUACAAAAUUGCUGAGAAACUUCAAACCAUAGCACUGUAUUUUGGAUGGCAAACUGAAACUUCCCAACCCGUUACUGUGCUAGUUGCUGCCACAGACCAUGUAACCUGCAGUGGAACAAGCCAGGGGAAAAGACAGUGGAGCGAGUUAAACCGUAAAAAUGAAAGAUGAUGAGGUCUUUCUUGUGCACUAAGUGUUGAUUCUGUUCCUUCCUUUUUUGUCGACAUGAUAGCCAACAAAUCACUUUUUGCUAGGUAAACCAAUAAGACCCGGCCCUUAAACUACAUCAGAAGCUGGCAGUACAGAACAGAAACAUGAACAAGAAGUUGUUACAGCUUCCGCAACUGGAGCAAAAUUGUCAGAUGUUUUGCCGAAAACUCAAUAUAGCUUUGUAUUAGAGGUUUGAGCCUUUUGGAUUUGAUUAAUGUUACCUUUUGGACUGAUCAUAAGCGGCAAAGUUGCUAAAACAAAGCACAACCUGUAGAAGAAAAAUUCCAAAGGGACUUUAAAAACCGUAGGUGCGGUUUAAUUUAUCGUUUUAUUUUAACUAAUUAUUCGGACAAGGGACAUUUGGAGCCAGGGAAAAGUCAUCCUUAAUUAACGACCUUUACCCAGUCAGUUUUGUCUUUUACAGUAAAACAUGUGGCACAAAGUGUUUCACUAACCAUCCUUGGCUCAAAAGAAACAAAUGAAUCCUGUGUUGUUCCUCAUUAAUUUGUGUAGAAUAUAAAGCAUAUUUCCAACCCGCGUGCCCGCGUGUUGAUAGAAUUAAAGAAGAGGAAAAUGUUGGAAUUUUUUUAAUCUGGAAGAGAGUUUUGACACGAUUCAAGAAGGGUCAAACUAUUUGGUCUUCCAUGCUGUAGUCAAUAUGUAAGUUCGUUACCAUAAAAAAACGUUUCGGUGUUCUAUUUUAUCCGGGACGGCGGGCCGAUAUAAAGAGUGAGACGGCUAAAUCGAUUGCGAAAGCGUGAGCGUACUAAGGAGUCCCGGGAAUGCUAGCCCGGGAGAACUGACUUCAAAUGAUGAUUAUUAGCGCAACACAUCAUUACAACAUUGUUCCUGCAUUGCAACUCCGUGUUGCGCUAAAAAUCGUCGCUGAGAGUCGUCCCGUAUAACAUCACCAUAGCGCGGCCUUUCAAGAAUAAGCCUGCAAGUAAACCGAAGUUUUGAGGAGAUGAUUUUGCAGGAUUAGUCCAAAAGAUCUAAGAGAUAAGGAAAUUUAUUUCCUAUAACCCAGAGCCCAUCAUCCAUAGUGUAUUCUUUACGUCAAUUCUUUCUCAUAUUCCGUUGUUUGUAACAUAGUAAUAAAAAAUGGAACUUGGUAUUUUGGCAACAAUUCUCAUUUUGAAGUGAAUCAUUUCCGCUUAUCAUAACACUGUAUGUGACUUAGAGUCUAACUUACACUGGGUACCGCGUACCAUGGUUAGCUCUACUCUGAUUGGUUGUUAGAAAGCUAUAAGCUAUAGAGGGCUGUUUCACUUAACCCAGUGGACAGAAAAGGUUUGACGAUGGACUGUGAUAGAUUAAAGCACCCUCUUUUUGGCUAGCCAGUUCGUGGUUUCAAAUUGUGGCAUGCGUUUUGAGUUAUAACUAUGUUUUUAAAAGCCGACAACAGUGAAAAUGAAUUUAACUUGAAAGCGAGGCUAAACGUUGUAGCCUGAAUUUCAUCCGGUUACUUCGAGUCGUUAUUACUCCCGCAGUAACGUCGUUGUUUAGUGGAGAAAAUGACUCCAAGCAAUCGGAUGAAUUUCAGGCUAUAAACUUUGAAACUAAAAAUCUAAGAAACACACUCCACAAGAAAACCAACAUGCUCAUAUUCAACAAUUAUUCCUCGAGCCCGAAUGGGCUCUGAGUCAAUAGCCCAUGAGGCCGAGGGCCGAGUGAGCUAUUGACUCAGAGUUCCAUGAGGGUGAGAGGAAUACUGAAUUGUUUUAGUAAAAUCCACCUAGUUGGUCAAAAAUAUUGAGAAUAAAAAAAUUUUAGCUAAGUAAAAGCUAGACGUGCAUCCUUUUUUGCCGCCAAAAAGCCCGCGCUUUUCGCUACUAGUGGGCUAUAACCAAGAGCCAUAAUAGGAGCUCUUGGCUAUAACAUAUAGCCUAGUAGUAGCUCAACCAAUCAGAACGCAGCAUUGAUAAUAGACCACUAGCUGGAUUUUACUAAAUUUCCUUAGACUUGGCGAUAUGAUAAAUACCGUGCACGUGCUUGUUCUGUGGCGUGUCGCAGUAUCUUUGUUCAAAGUUUUUUUAUGGAUUAUACCGAGCGCUUUUCGAGUUUAACGAUCCAUUUUCAGACAAAAGAAACUUGUUUCUUUCAAAUUGUUCCAGUUUUUUAACGAAAAACUCCAGAGCUAAGCUGGUAUAUAUAGCCAUUUUAUUUGACCUCGACUUCAUGUUAGAGGGAAAAAGAGCUGAUGAUAGGGGAUUAAGGGAAGAUAAUAGCCAUCGUUAAAGAAAAAGUUAUCACUGAAAUUAGUUUUCCAUCUAAAACGUCAUGAACCUUUUUUUAUAGGCUUAUUUGAUCUAAAAACCAAGAAUGAAGAAAUUUAAAAUGUUUGACCAAAAAUCAUGCAGAUUUUGCGACUUUUAUCAACAGUUGUUUUUAUAGAGUAGAAGGCUAGUUUUCUACCUAAAGCGUCAUCAAAGACAUUUCUCGGCCUAUUUCAUCCAUAAAACAGAGAACAAAGAAAUUUCAAUUUUUUGACCAAAACCGUGGACUAUGGAAAAUGCUGAUUCUGCGUCUUCUAUCAACCAAUUUUUUUAUAGUCUAGAAAAGCUAGUUUCUAUCUAGAACGCCGAUACAAUGUCUUUUCUCCGCCUACAUUGACCAAAAGCAAGAGCCAUAAUAGGACUAUUAUGGCUCUUGCCAAAAAUCAAGAUUAAAACAAUGCGAACUUUGAAUUUUUGACCAAAACCGUGAACUAACCCCUUUCGAAAAAGGCAAAUUUGCAACUUUUACCAAUCGAUUUUUUUUAUAGUAUAGAAAGGCUAUUUUCCUCUCCAGAACGCGUUUCCAAUGACGUUUUCAGCUUAUUUGGCCUAAAAAGGAAGAAUAGCGAAAUUUCGUAUUUUUUACGAAAAUUAUAGAUUAACCCCUUCGGAAAAAUGCAAAUUUCGCCAAUUUUUAUAAAUUGAUGUUUUUAAAGUCUAGAAAGGCUAAUUUUCUAUCUAGAAAGUCAGCAAAGACUUUUUCUCGGCCUGUAUUGCCCAAAAGUCAAGAAUGAGAAAACUUCAAAUUUUUGACCAAAUUAAUGGACUAACCCUUUGGAAAAAUGCAGAUUUUGCGACUUUCAUAAACCGUUGUUUUUAUAGUGUAGAAAGGCUAAUUUUCUAUCUAGAACUACAUCAAAAGCAUUUGUCGGCCUACUUCAUCUAAAAAACAGAGAAUAUAGAAAUUUUGAAUUUUUGACCAAAACCAUGGACUAAUCCCUUAGCAAAAACGCAAUCUUUUCCACUUUUUUAAUUCGAUUUUCUAUAGUCUAGAAAGGUUAAUUUUUAUCUAGAGCGUCAUGAAAGACUUUCUUUGGGUCUAUUUGAUGUAAAAAACAGAGAAUGAAUUUUCUGCCUGCUGCAACGCCUCACAAGCCGACCGUCUUGCUUGGAUUGCUCGUUGGCAAAAAGUGGCAAAAUUUGCAUUUUUUCUUAAGGGUUAGUCCAUGGUUUUGGUCAAAAAUUUGGAAUUUUUUCAUUCUCUGUUUUUUAGAUCAAAUAGGGCAAUCAAAAGGAUGUCUGUGUGAAAGGCUAGUCACUUGAUAAACAAAGUAAAUUUCGAUCCACCCUGUCUUUAAGAGUCUUGAUUCAGAGGGAUGGGAAUUAGGCUCUUGCAUUUGUAGCUGGUGUGACGCUGGUCAAGACGCUAGUGUUUUUUUUAUUUAUGCAACUGGACCCAGGCUCCCAAACACCGUGGCAAAAGGAGUGGAUACCAGCUUACAUAUCACGUUACACUUUCACUUCCGCCUAAAACUCGGUUGAUGUCAACGCAAUUUUGAUAACUUUCCAGCCUAUAUUACUACUUUUAAAGAGCGUGAAACUGUUCCCACAACUUCUGAGAGGAGUGAAAUAUGUAAGUUUUACUUUAUUGAACUUUUUUACUCCGAACUCGAUCUAGAAUUCCGAUCAUAAAAGAUGAUCGUGCCGCAACAAACGCCCUCAGUUUCGAUUUCAUUUUAUCCAAGUGCACGGCUAUAACGGAUAAAUGUUAGCCCCCUGUGUUAGCCUUUGGAAGCAUUUUGUAAAUGCCCGAAGUGAAGGCUGGCAAAUUAAAUGAUUUCUGGUAGGGUUCUUGUGCUCCCUUAAGCAGUGAUCGAGUUAUUUUCUGCAAAAUAGACCUAUUCGGCUAACUCAAUGUUGUACCCAAUUCAAACCCUUUGGGGAUAACACGUUUUGUUUCAGGAAUUUCCACAUCAUUUAAAUGUGAAUGCCACAUUACAAUGCAAAUACAAUACACAAAGAAUCUUAACCCCGGGAGAUUUAGCCGAAUGGGUCUAUUCCCCUGUGAGGCCAGUCGGCUCCCAAGAGAUUGGUUUACGCUAAGGAAUGUCUGUAUCCGGUUCUAGUAUGUGCUCAUUGAAAUUGAAUAUUUACUUAUGCAAAAAUCUCAUAAUAUUCCGUAUUGCUAAAAUUAAUUAGUUUUUCCCUUGAAUCCGGCUGCCAUAAUUUCUGUGUAUUCUAUUAUUAUUAUUAUUUAGAGGUGUAAUAUUAUUAGCACUUUGAAAUUUGUUAGGUCCCAGCCGGAGUAUUCGUUAUAGGAAUGAAUGACAUUUUUUUGAAUUUGCUGACAAGCUCCCAGGCAGUGAUUUUUUUAUUUUCCACUGUCUGCCAAGGUCUCUUGGUUCAGUCAUUAUCCAUCAGUCAAAAGGCAUUUGCACUAAGAGGUCAUGUGACAUCAUUUUUUUGAAAAUGAAAGUUAUAUGAUUUUGCCUUCAAAAAACGAUCAGUGGUUCAUAUCUUAAACAAAAUAAUAUCGAUUUAGUUUUUCAAUCCUGCACCAUUUUGUUAAAAUGAGUAAGUUCGUAGCUGCAUGGUCACGUGACCUAAAAUUAUGUAAGUUUUAAAACCUGGGAUUUCAUUAAGAAUUGCAGUACCAGGAGAAUAGUGUAAGCUAGUAACAGGCGAAUAUUUUGAAGAGGGAAGGACUUUUGCGGAAAGAACUUGAAAACAAGCCUGGAAAUUUUUUGUCCGAUAGCAAAUUUUAUUUCUUGUAGCUGCCGAACAAAAAACACUGCAUACCUCUACACGUUUUAGAAGUCAUCUUUAAAAUAGAAGAAUCUCAAAAAUUGCCUUUGUUUUAUAGUAAUUUGAUACUCUGUCAUUUAUUGCUUAUACUAAUUUUCUUGUCGUAACUUUGCCACUGAUUUGUUCAUCAUGUUUUUUAUUUUGUUUCACAUUUUAAUGUUUCAUUAGUAUUUACUCAUUUAAUUAUUUUUCACGUGCAAAUAAAAAAGCGUUGAGCAUACAGUCAACUCUCCACACUUCAGCAAACUGUCUAAUAUUUUACACAUCCCCUGUUAGUUUUGUUGGGCUGAAAACUGCUAGCAUUUAAAUAUGGUCUUUUAUGUAUUUGUUAUUUAUUUAGGAGUGUAAAGCAAGUGGCUAAGCGCUGAAAUAAUGCAUAAUAUCUAGGAAUAAUUUCUAUUUAUAUAACGUAUCCACCAUGUCUGUGUCUGAUUCCCCACAGAAUAAAAAAUAGCCAUACUUCAUUGAAAUUUAAUAGCUGGAUAAUUGUGUGUUAAGUAGACGGAGAAUUCUUCGAUCUCUAAUGCUUAAUGAAACCCCUGUAAAACUAUGAAUUGUCUCUUUCUGAACAGAAAUUUUGUACUUAAACUUCAAGGAAAUUGUUGAAAAGAUGAUGUGGUAACGUUUUCAGCACAUCUGAGGGUAACUAUCUAAUGUUUAUUAACAUACAAGAAAAAGUAGUUUUGGCCACCAUGUUGGAGGGCAAGAGUAUGCACUCCAAUGUGGCAGCCAAUACAAAUCAUACUACUUUGUUGAAAAAUCAAAGUGCCAUAAAAUAUUAUCUUCCUUAAAUGCGUUUCCUCUCAAAUUUCGGGUGUAAGAUAAUUUUUAUACGCUCCAUCAAUUUUUGGCAUCAGCAAGAUUCCAACUCAUUGGUCAUGUGACCUCUUAGUGCAAGUGGCCUAUUCCAGGUGUGCCUAUGCACUCCCUUGGACAGCUAUGGGGCAUUUGCAUGCCUUGUCGAUCAUUCCUGAGGGUGGGGUAUUAGCAAAUUUUGUGUUGCACGGGGUCGGGCAUGAACCCCAGAGCCACCCCUGAGCUUUUGGCACAUACAUGCAUUCCUAUCCAAACAUAUAUACUAAACAUGGAGGAUUUUAUUGAAAAUACCAGCAGAUUCAAAGGUUGGUUUAUCUGUCAGGAGCAGGAAAAACUUUCAGAGGGUUUUUAAGGUAUUGUCUCCUCAAUUUUAUGUGCGCAUUUCUUCCUUGCUUAUCAAGCUGGAAUUAAGUUGGGAGCUUAAACAUUCAACCUGAAUUGACAUUUUUUUGGUUACUAAACAACAUUUGUGUUGAUCUAAGAUUAGAAUAAAAUUUAGCGGUGAUGAUAUUUUUAAUUGUGCCAUAAGGUCUACCUUAAUUACUUGAGGAGCUUCCUCUACUUUUUCAUAUAAUAAUUAAACUAUUCGGAACUACCAAUGAACUAUUCAAAAGAAGACAAACAACAAUAAUUAAAUAAUAAUCAUGAAGUGGUCUCGUCGCUCAUGAAUUUAAGUCUUAAAUAGAAUUGUGCUAUAUUACAAAGGCAGAUGUUAACUGAUCUGAACCAAAGAAAUCUUACAUUAAAAUGCAUUACUCGUCUUUUUGAUCAAUGAAAAGUGCUGCAGUGUUGAUUGUGGCCCUCGUCCCUUUUUUGUUCUAGUGGUGGGGCAUUUUGCAGCUCAAUUGUACACGGCUGCUGGUAAUUUGCCAUCCUAGGUGAAGGCAAAAAAAAUUUUAAUUAAAAGUGCCUGUGAAUCUUUGAGUUCUGAGUUCUUCAGUUUUCUUUUCUGUUGUUGUUUCUUUAGAUUGUACUGGUGUAUUUAUUUUGGAUCAUUUGCAAAUUAGGGUAAAUUAGUACUUGAAUUUCAGUGAUAGUGUAAAAUUGUUUCCAAAGUCCCCUUCAUAACAGCCCUUGGUGACUCUUUUCUAUAACACAAAGCAGUGUUUUCAAUAAGUUCUAAGUAGGGCAUUUAAAGCUUUGGAGUAGGCAGAGAUGGAAAAAACUCUAGGGGGGUCUGGCAGCAUGCCACCCCAGGAAAAAAGUUUGAAAUCUGGUCCUCUGAGACAUUUCCAGCAUUCUGGAGCAAAAAUUAGAAUUUUUGGACACAACACAGAUAUCAUUAAAAUUUUAGCUUUUUAUUCGUGAGUGACAGCACAUAAAUACUCUAUUUUUAGAAUUAAUUGUUCUUGCCAAUAGCUAUGAACCAUAAUUGGUUGUUUCAGUAUAUGUUUUAAAUCAUGUAAAAAAUGGGGUAAUUUCCAAAGAAACAUGAUAGGUGGUAUUGAGUUCACAUGAAACAGCUGGUGAAUUUUGCUCUUAUUAUUGUCUUUGCAGUGCUGGAUCCAGACCUUGAGAUAGGGGGGGGGGGAAGGGUGGUCUCCAAAAAAAAUUUUUUGGCCCUUUGGGCCUCAGUUUCGUCUAAAACUAAGGGGGGAGGGGGGGGUCCCCUCGGCCCCUCCCCUGGAUCUGCCACUGCUUUGUAUCAUCUUAGUAUCUAAGUUGAGGAAUGUCGUGUGAUCUAGCUCUAGAUUACAAAAAAAAGUGUACAGCAAAUCUAGUCCUGCAAUUACAAACAGAUACAGAUAUUCCUGGAAACCUGGCAAUAUCAGAUCAAGCUUUUGGGAGCCACCACACUGUCUAUAUCAGGGAUUUAGUAAGUCUGUGACAGUGACAGCUAUAGAUUGUGGUAAUAUUAUACCAGUGGAAAUGUUUUUGUUAUUAGUUCACUAAUGAUAAAGUCCGUUCACACAAGUUAAGCUUGUCAAAUUUGCAUAAAUAGCUACAGUCAGCUGCUAACAGGCCAGGGGUCUUUUGCCGACAGCUUGUGCAUAUACGCAGUGCAUUUUCAAUUAGUACUCUGCUCUGGCUUCUUUUUCUCUAUUGACUCGCUUGCUUAAAAUAAAGAGCGUGUGUCUCCUUGCGCAAGCCAUCGUAGUGUAUGAAAGCUGUAACAACCUGCUAUCAUUGCUGGGUAUUAAGCACCCACAAAAUGGGAGUCAGUUUACUUCACCUGUGCUUGCUUGCGUUUACACUGAAAGGUAGCAGUAUUUGUAUUCAUGUGUUGACCUCGCAUAACAUCAGUCCUCGACUCCCACCUACAUUUCACAGAUCCGUAACAUCUAUUAAAAUAUCCGUUCGUUUGCUCCUCAAUAAGCCUGUUGCAAAUUCGUAUUUGUAAAGUUCUUGAUAAGAUCGCCGUUGCUGCUGUUUGGGGGAACUUUAGCGUAUUUAAGGUAAUUUAUCGUGUUAUAAGAUUUUUGUUUUUUCAGUUGCAGAUCCUCGGUUAGGAAAUGCGACAAAGGGCCUAGAAAAGGACAAGGUAAAGAGAACUAGACUCAGCCUAAAGCGUCGUUCUUGCUUUGUCGUUUAAUUCCAAGACGUACUGUUUCUUAGUUUCCCUCGAAAUCAGUAUCAUAAUGGCAUCUGGCGGUUGGGUGGCGGAGCUUGAUAAGAUAGAACACAAAAACUGGGUGAUGGUUGGUUGUGCCCUGAAUAUUACCAAAAAAGGAAUUACAUCAAAAAUUCAAAACAAAAUGGAAACUUGGUACCAGUCCCUUAUUUCCAGUCCUCCACUUCAGUCACUUCCAUCUUGCGCUUGCGCAUCGUCAGCAUCAAAGUGCCUCACUUGUGACACUUGGAAAACGACACUGAAACGUCACCACACAUCCGGGCGACCAAAGAUUUGCUGGGACAACAGUGACCGAACACAGUGGGGAUCUCCGACUGGGGCAUGGGAGAUAGCUAAAGUCUUUAUGCCAACUCUUGGAGGUCGUAAAAAAGAUGUUGUCGACGCCGAAACUACGGACAUUGGUGGUCUUUUGAACCUGCUUGAAUGGUGUCCUUUUAUUAAUCCUCCUACGAGUCGAACAGUUUUGACGUCGGCAAGAGAUGAGUGCAGGAAUCAUUGGGCGCACGCUCCGAAACAGGAAAUUCAAGAUGCCGAUCUUUCAACCAUAUUUGGUCAUCUUAAUAAUCUGCUCAAUGACGCUGUGUUCAGUUCUGACAAAGACGCCCAGCAAUCGUCGAAAGACUUGCAAGAUUUGUUUCAUAACGGUCUGGUAAACGUGAGGAAGUCUGAAAUAGAGGCUCUUCACUUGCAUCGCCACUCACUGGUGGCUAAUCUGACAAAAUGCCAAGGUGACGUGUCUGACGCUCAGAGUAACAUUUUGAACGUAGAUGCAGAGAUAAAAAAGAUCAAGAUGGUUAUGCAGAGCGAUUUAUCUGACGUGAAAGAAAAAGGGGAUCUAAACAGAGAAGAGAUAAGCAAGUUGGCACAGCAGUUGGAUGAGUUAAAAGACGUGAUGGCACAUUAUUCGAAUGACUUAUCCACCGUUCUGAAAGCUGUCGAUGAUUUCAACAGAUUUCUGAAUAAAAGGGAUGACCUGCAAAAAGUCUUCGAAGCUAUCCAAGAUGACUUAGAAGUUGUCAAAACUAAACUGAGUGUAACACAGUCUAAAGUUGCCAACACUGAAACCUCCCUAGCAAGUUUGAAAGACAAAGUGAUAGAAGUGCAGAGAGUAGCAAUGGAGACAUCCACAGAGGUGUCUAUUUUGCAAGAGAAAGUGGUAGUCUUGGAAAAAGGGCAAGCCACACAAGAACAGAAUGACAGUGAUGAUGACGCGUUGUGCACCGCUCCAAGUAGGUUACCACUGUUCACAGGCCGUAAGUCAGCUCUUGAUUGGCUUGAAAAGAACCUCAUUUUAGAGAGCGUUGAGGCCAACCCUGGGACUUCCUGUUGCACCAAAACAGUAUGCGGGCUUGGAGGCUGUGGGAAGACAUCUUUGGCUGUAGAAUUUGCUUGGAGUCACAAAAAUAGCUUCCCAGGUGGGGUGUUCUGGAUCAAUGGCGAAAGCGAUGAAAAUAUAAAUAAAUCAGUUGCGGAGAUGCUUUCGCUGGGAAACAUUCCUACCUCAACAAAUGACAGCAUCGAUGACACUUUGAACAAAUUCCUUACGUGGUUGUCCAAGAAGGACCUUCCAUGGCUUCUUGUGAUGGACAAUGUGGACGAAAUGCAAGAUCCUAUGUGUCCUGCAAGUGUAAAGAAGAUAUGCAAGGGACCUUGGCAAAGAACUGUUAAAUCACUAAAGAACGGCCACAUUCUUUUAACAACUAGGCAAAACUCAAAAGACGCAAAGGCGUUUCUGAGGUACUCGACUGAUGAUUUUUUAGAGUUGUCAUGCUUUAGCGUAGAGGAUGGAGCUUUGUUCUUAAUGAAAAGAACCGAUCUUCGAGGAGAAUCCCUUGACCCAGAUGCGAUUUGUUUAACAAAAGAGCUAGGUGCAUUGCCACUAGCCCUAGAGCAGGCAGCAGCAUACAUAACUACAAGUCCUAUCCCACUGAGCUUUAAUGAAUACCUAGAAAAAUACCAAGCAGUGAAGAUGCGCCUUUUAAAGCAACAGCCUGCUACAGCACUUAGCAUAGAGGCUCAACAUCGCUUGUCAGUUCAUACAACUUGGGAGUUGAAUUUCGAGUUUGUAAAAGAACAGUCACCAGCUGCCGCCAGUAUGAUGCAAAUUUCGGCCUUUUUGGAUUCUGAGAAUGUUCCCAUUGACGUUAUUAAUCCUGGUCUGCCUGAAUUAGAUCAAGAGGAAUUGAGAGAAUGUGCGCGUUCCAAGAUCGACAUUGCCUCCAUCCUUAAGGUACUGUCAAGUUACUCCCUUUACUCUGUCGAUCAUCGAAGCAAAGUCUUUAGCGUCCACAAACUUGUUCAAGAAGUGGUAAGAACCAGUCUUACUCCAUCACAGAGGGAAGAGGCUUUGUUGGCAGCUACACGAGUUGUUUACUGGGCAUUAUGCACGCAUAGUGUUCCCUGUUUUGAACAAGAAAAGUAUGGUGCUUUGGGGGAUCUGUCAUUGUUAAAGGAAGAGGAAAGGAAUGUAAUUGUUUCCCUUGUAUUGAAUUUCAACAAAUUGAAGAAUCAUAUGGAAGAGGAAAUUCAUUCAUCAAAAGGAAAUGUGGCUCGUGUACUUUACAAUGAUGACACCUUAAAAUUGUGCAACUUAGUGGUCUCCUUGAUCAGUAACAAUGUGUUUUUUAACAGAUUAAGGGCUGAAAUGGGUGAAUUUCGAAUGAAUGUUUCGAAAAUGAGUGGUAAUUCUGAUCCCAAUUCCGCUCUUGGGGCGAUGGUUUCUGCAAGUAUCAAUUUAAGAAAUUGUCCUGGAUACGAAAAGUACAAGGAGGCGAAAAAGGUGGCAUUAGAAACUGUAGAGAAGCUGGCUGAGAUGGAAAAGUCUGGAAUUGUUGUGAAACCCGAUAUCAAAUAUCUAGUUCUUGAGCAUAUGGCCUCUUAUCACGCGUUAGAAGGGCAAUGGAAAGAAAAUUAUAAAGCCUUGAUGGAACUCGAACGUUUAGAAAUCAACGAUGAGAACACUGUAGACCUUCAAAUCUUAAUUGCUAGAGCAGAAAAUCAGUUGUCAGCAAGUAAUUCUAGGUCGGCUUUGGUACGUUAUAAGAAAGCGCUGGAACUUGCGAGGCGCAUUUACCCCCCUGAUCAUCGCGAACUGUUACGUGUUUUACAGUUUAUCACUUCUCAUUUGCUUAAUGAGGGAAAGGUGCACGAGGCACGAAAAUAUGCUGAAGAACUGUUAAACAUUGCAAAGAAGCAACCACCAACAUCAGAUUUUUAUUUCAAGGGAAUAACGGACGCUCUACAAGUAAUGUGUUUUUUCGACCCUAAGACAGCAGAGGAUACACUUUUUCGUAUCUUGGAGGACAAUUGGCCAGUCAUGUAUAAAUGCAUUCAAGGCGGUGAUUUGGAUACCGGUGAAUGUGUAGUCGACGAAAGCAGCCAUGACCAUGCAGCAAUGGUUCUAGCGGGCAUAAUGAGCUGUUUCUUGAUUUCAAGCGUUCAGCCGGAAAAAAGUAAACAGGCAAAAUUUAACGGCAAGUUGUAUCGCAACAUUGGAGAGAUGUUAUUGUCACUGCGAAGGAAAAUGUAUGACGAGAGCCACCAAGAAGUGCAAACGGCAUAUUUGUAUCUCCAAACGGUAUUCGCUAUCCUUGGAAAUAAGGAUGAAGCCUAUAAUCUCGGAGAACAAAUGAAGCGAAGCAUCGAGAAACCAGUCACUAAACCAUUUUCCGCACGGCCCCUUUGUGAUGUCAAUGUUUUUAUUGCUAGGAAUUACAAAGAAACUGCGAACAACUUUUUUAGGGCACAAAAAUAUUCGGAGGCUCUAGAGUUCUAUCAAAAGGCGUUAGACCAAUUCCCAAACGAUGCAAAAAUACUAACUAACAAGGCGGCAACGUACGUCAAACUGUCAGAAGAGCAAGCACUUAAAAGCCAUAGUAAAGAUCCUAAAGAAGACCAACAAAUAUUUCUUCAAUAUGCUCUUCAGGAUGCGAACAAGGCAGUAAGCGCAGAUCCUUCUUGGGUUAAAGGUUACUACUGGAAGGCGGUUUGUCUCGCUAAACUUGGACAAAGAGGUCCAUCCCUUGCUGCAGCUGCAGUUGCGGAACAUCUCUUGCCAUCACAGUGCACUGAUAUACCUGCAGUGAUGGAGCACUUUGGAAGUUGCAGUACACAGGUGAUAACUACUAUCGAUGACCUUUAUCAUGCCGCCAAGAGAGCAGACGGCAACAAUCUUGUGAUUUUACUCAAGGAAGGGAGAUAUGAGUUACCGAACCCACUGAAAGUUCCAGCGAACGCAGUAAUGGUUGGCAUCGGAAAAGUCCAAAUUAUUUGCCCCAGGAGUGUUCCACUGAAACUUGAUGAAACAGUUUACACUGAGAACAUAGAGCUGUUAUCUUCAACGGAUUCAAUCAAAAUUUUCAAAGAAAAAGCUAAGGAGAGUCUUAAUCGUGGCCAAUUAGACGAGGCUUUGUCUUUGUACAGCAAGGCAUUAGCCAUAUGUCCAAAAGACGCACAACUCCUAACAGCUAGAGCUUCAACCUACUUGAAAGCGGCUGAGGAAAAGAGAAACAUGUCUGAGCGGGUAUCGUUACUGGAGCUUGCGUUUAAAGAUUCAGAGUCUUCUAUCAGAGCGGAUCCUUCUUGGUUAUUGGGUUACUCCACCAAGGCCAUGAGUUUAGCAGAGUUAGGGAGGAAACAAGAAGCCUUAGCCGCUGCUGCUGUCUUCAAUCACUUGAGUUCUGGUCGGGAUAUUUCUUCAGUCAUUGAAAGUUAUGGAGCUUUACAAAUCGAUGUUGUUAAAAACUCAGAUGAACUGCGCAAUGUUCUUCAACAAAUCACGGAGCGUGAGGACGUAAAUCAAAUUGUUCUGUUAAAGGAAGGGGAUUACCUAUUGGAGAAGACCGUUGAGAUGAAACCAGCAAUAGUUAUUGUUGGUUCAGGGAAAGUAAUUGUUUCGUGCAAGACUGGAGUACCUUUUCACUUUAGAAAAGAACACUACGUCGAAAAUGUGGAACUUCAUAGAGGCGGUGGCGAGACGCUAGAAUCACACACGACUGCGAGUUCAACAGAUGACUCUGGUCAGGAAGACGUUAUAUCUUUGCCUGUACCCUCAGGGUAUGACGACUCCAGCGCCAACAGCGAGUGCAAGGUGAACUAA